UCAUAUUCCUGCGACUAUUCGGCUUCUGUGUACAUUUAGGAUUAUAAGAGGUUAGCCUUGCACAUAUGCACUUAGAUCUUUUAAGCAUUCUGUUUUAAAGCCAAUUGUCACAGUACGGCGUGAGCACGGAUAAUUUUGUUUCCAAAGCUAGAUCUUUCUCUUAAUGCGGGCUCGUUGCAAAUAUGACUUUUACACGAACAGCAGUAUUUGCUUGAGAAGAGCUAGUGGCGGCUAACGUAAUUUAUGCGGAAUGCGCAACCAUUGCGGAUGUGGUGCAGAAUAUAUGCGCAUUGCUGCGACACAGAAAUCACAAUGAAGCAAUGAAAGGCUUGCCAUGGAAGAGCAUGGUGGCUCUUCACCCUGCUUGUGAAUGGCACGCUCUCCAUCAGUCACAUUGGUGUGUCUGUAAGCCACGACAUAUCCAUGACUGAAUACUACGAGGAGGGGGGGCUGCUGUAUGAGCACUCACCUCCCAUGCACAUCAAAGUGGAGUCUCCAGAGGGGCCCUUUGGAGGCGGGGUUUCAGAGGACGGUUUCCCCAGGGAAGAUGACGACUCAGAGGGGAGUUGUGACCACCAGAAUGGCGGGUUGCCAAGCAGCCUGCCCUUUAAUGUUGUGGUUGUGCAUCCUAACAUAGUCGCACCUGGAAUGUCUUCAGAUGAACUCAUCCCAAUCGAACAAAACAGGGGUGUGUCUUCAUCAUUAGCUGCGGGAGGUGUAGGGAAAAGGAAGAGCCGCUUUAGCGGGGCAGAGCUAGAGGUCUUGGUAUCAGAGGUCACUCGCUGUGAGGGGGAGCUGUUCGGUCCAGCAGGGAGGCUCCGGCGCCGAGAAAGAGAGCGCAUUUGGGCUGGCAUACUUGAGCGUGUCAAUGCUGUGUCUAGAGUACCUCGGACUCUGAGAGAAGUGAAGAAACGCUGGGAUGACCUGAAGAGACGAAAUGGUGGUAGACUGGCUGAUGCGAGGCACCGCACCUGCUACCUGCCAUCAAGCAGAGGGUCUGCAAUUUUGGGAAGGCCGACCCAAGUCAGUCCCAGGCUCCAGCAAUCUCGUCAAAAGCAGAGCACUAGAGGAAAAGCCAGUUUCAUGUGUUUGUCAGACACUGAUCCAGUUACAAUUGGAGAUAGUUCUGAAAGAGAUGGUUUCGAAAAGGAUGAUGAAGCUGGUGAGCAAGAAGGUGAAGAUGGAGAUGAUUGUGAGGGUGUGGAUAACAGCAUGGAGGAUAAACUGGGUUUGGGCUUGGGUCUGGGAAUAGUUCCGCCUCCAACAUCAGAACGCUGGCUACCUCCUUCACCCCUUUACAGUGCCCCGUUCCUCAACGGCACUCCUCAACCAAGCCCAGAACCAUCUUUAGGGACCCACCAGGGCCCACUCGAGCCCCCUCCACCACGCACUUCCUGGCUGGAAGAUGAACUUCGUGGGCUGGGAGAAGCAGCCAUACAGCUUGGAGAUCGCAUGGAGCAGAACCUGCGUGAGUUUGGAGAAGGCUUCAGACGUGAUAUGCGGACGCUUGUGGCUUCGCAAGAGGCCCUUACAAGUUGCUUGCAGCAGAAUAAUGUACUUUUGCAACGUUUGUUGGGUCUACUUGAGAUGCAGCAUCAGCCGUCUCAGCAACAAAUUCCACAACAACAACAAAUACAGCAGCCUGCACAACAGCAACAGGAACCUCCACAACAGCAGCCUUAUGAACCAAUGUUAUUGCCACAGGAGCAGCCACAGCUAGAGCAGCAAAUCCCAGCAACGGUUCCACCUCUUCCACCACCUCCAGAUAUUUUAGAUGGUACUCGGCCUACUGAACCACCAAAUGACAUAAAUGGAGUAACUCAACAGCCACGCCGUGGCAGAACAGUAGACCUCAGACGAAGACGCAGACGUUGAUGUUACCGUGAGAUGUGGACAAAUGAACUGUAUUCAGUUACAAGAAAUGUAUUUAUUUAAGCAAUGUUUUAUAUAUAAGGUUAACUAGUUGCAGAUUGUGCCAUGUCAUAUUGCAGCCACAUUUUAUGUUAUGCCUGGCUCAGAUAUAUAAUAAAGUGUAUAAUAUGUAUGCCAAAAAGCUAUAUAUAAAUUGACUUCUCCACUCUUGUUGCUGAUAGUAAAUUACUAACAUUUUAUGGAUCUGUUUUCUUAAGUUUAUAUAUAAUAACUGCAAGUUUAGAAAACAAAUCCUCUAGGCAGGCUUAGAAAAUAUUCAUUAUUCAUGCUGUGGCAAAAUAAACAUCAUUCACUUUUAUUUUUUGAUUAAGGCACAGAAUAUCAGUGCAAAAUGGCAUUUUACUUCUGCUACUAUUAGUGUUUAAGAAACAUCUAAAUGCAGUUUUAAGGGACUUGACAUUGCAUAGAAUCUCUGAAUUUCCUUGGAAAUAUAUGCAGUUAUCUGAAUUGCUAGCUAAUAUAGAGAUCUAAGGUCACCUGGUCACUCUGCAUGCAAUGCAAGAUAAAGCUCAAAUAUACUAUUUUGCAAACUUUUCACCAUGUUAACAAAAAUCACUAGUACUUGGAAAAAUGUCUGCAUAUGAACAAGUUUUAAUAAAAGCAAUCAAUAUA